AUGGCGAAACGUGAUCGAACGAACAGUGAGCAGUCGACUCGAAAAAGGUCUAGGUCCAGCUCGAACGCCGAAUCAGCUGAAGGGAAGGAAGAACCAUCAAUCAAGAAAUCACUGUCAACGAAACGAUCAUCCAGGGCCUCAAUCGAACGAACAAUCUUUUCAAGAAAGAGAAUUGAACUCCUCGUCUCUUUGUUGCCUGGAUCUCUUCGCAAUAGCGAAAAGUCUGUUGAAGAUGCAAUCCGAGCCAUGUUGAUGAAGUACUCCGAGGGCCUUGGAGGGAUCUUGAUGGGCUUUGAAGAUGUGAAGCUUAUCGGCGACAGGAAUAAGGAAGCAAAAGGUUGGAUCUUGAAUGAACUACCCCAUAUACACUACAAUGUAUCUUGUGAUGCUUUAGUAUUCUGCCCUACUAUUGGUUGUGAGCUACAAGGCAUUGUAAAUGAAUGUCGUCCAUCACACAUGUCACUUCUUGUUUUCAAUUAUUUCAAUGCAAUGAUUUCGGGUGAUCAACUUCGUGCGGCCGGGUUUUCGUUUGAUGCGGAACUUCACAACUGGACUUCUUCCAAGGAGUCCAUUUCGCCAAAGGACAAAGUCAAAUUCAAUGUGGAGAAGAUACAUGAACUAGGAGGCACAGUAUCGAUGGAAGGAAACGACCCAUCACUAAGUCUACUCGUCGAGGCAUAG